AUGCCCUCUUCCGCCCCCGUCUUCUCCACACCUCUUACGCGAUUGUUCAAGAUCAACCACCCCGUCAUGCUGGCUGGCAUGAAUGUUGCUGCUGGUCCCAAGCUGGCAGCAGCUGUUACUAAUGCUGGUGGGAUUGGUGUAAUUGGCGGUGUUCGCCAAAGUCCCAAAUUUCUGCAAGGCUCAAUCAACGAGCUCAAGAGCCACCUGGAGAAUAAAAAUGCUCCCUUUGGCGUCGACCUGUUGAUUCCGCAAGUCGGUGGGAGUGCUCGCAAGACCAAUAUGGACUAUACCGGCGGCCAACUUCCCGAACUUAUUGAUGUUAUUAUUGAAGGAGGUGCCUCCUUGUUCGUCUGUGCUGUCGGUGUUCCUCCCAAAUGGGCCGUGGACAAGUUGCAUGCUGCCGGUAUCCCCGUGAUGAAUAUGAUUGGCCACCCAAAACAUGUAGCUAAAGCACUUGCUCAGGGUGUUGAUAUCAUAUGUGCCCAAGGUGGCGAAGGUGGUGGUCACACAGGCGACACUGCGUUCUCCAUCUUGAUUCCCGCGGUCGUUGACCUUUGCAAAAACGCAAAGAGUCCAUUGACAGGCGAGCCUAUUCUCGUGGUCGCGGCAGGAGGUAUUUCAGACGGUCGGGGCUUGGCCGCUGCUCUUUCAUAUGGGGCGUCGGGUGUUUGGGUUGGCACCCGUUUUGUCGCUAGCGUGGAAGCAGGCGCACCGAAGACUCACAAGGAAAUGGUAGUUUCCGCAGGAUACGAUGAUGUCGUACGCACAUUAAUCUAUUCUGGCCGGCCUAUGAGUGUCCGCAGAACGCCUUAUGUGGAUGAAUGGGAAACGAAGCGAAGUCAAGAAAUCCAAACGUUGGUUUCCGAAGGAAAAGUCCCCCAUGAAGUCGAAAUGCAAAAUCACCCUGAAAGAUCUCUGGCAGGCAGAUCAUGGCUAAUGGGUCGCGUUGCUGGUUCAAUUAAGGAUAUUAAGCCCGCCAAAGAAAUGCAAAUAUGUAGUGUUGAUGAGCUUGUUCAAACCGCCGCCCAAAGUUUAAACGCCGCUGUAUCUCUCCAAGUUCCACGGCCGAAGCUUUGA